AUGAAUAGAAAGGCCGAGCAUUCUGAUUCGGAUGAGUAUGAGGAUGCCUGCGAAGAUCCACUAGGCUAUUCUGCUGAGAGCUCUGAUGACCCCGAAUGGGAUAAAUGGAAUAGGCGGAUGCCCAUCGGUGCUGAGAACUCAUCUAAUAUGACGGAACCACAUAACUCUCCCACCGACAGGAUUGGAGAUGAUUUUGCGACUGAAUUUGAGGCCCAAACAAAGGAGACAAUACUAGCCAUUGAAGAAACUCGCCGGAAAGAGGAGGCGCAGCUCACAAUGGAAGAGUUAGAGAAACGCAAGGCCGAAUCUUUAGAUUCGAAAGAACGAGGAAAUGAGCUGUUUCGGAGCACUGACUAUCGUGAAGCUCUAGAAGAAUACACGAGAGCGCUAGACGUCUGCCCUUUGAUUUACGAGAAGGAGCGCUCCGUUCUACUUUCCAACAGAGCUGCCUGUCAAAAUAAACUAGGCAACAUCGACGCUGCCCUAUCAGAUUGUGAUCAAGCACUAACGCUCCAACCAGACUACGUUAAAUGCCUUGAACGACGUGCCACUCUAAGGGAGGAACGAGACAUGCUUACAGAUGCUUUGCAUGACUACGAAAAGUUGUUACAACUGGAUCCUGGAAAUCAGAAAGCACGCUGGGCUUGUAUGACUCUCCCUGAUCGGAUAAAGAGGCAGCAGGAAGAGAUGAAGGAGAAGAUGCUGGAUCAGCUGAAGCAGCUUGGCAACCUGGUUUUGAAGCCGUUUGGUUUGUCUACGGAUAAUUUCAAAGUUGAAAAGAAACCGGAUUCCGAAGGAUAUUCUAUAAACUUUGUCCGUUGAUCCUCUUUUACCUAUUUUUCCAGGUCUCUCCACAUGGUCUUUCGACUUGAGUCACUUGUGAUCUAUUGAACCUACUCUGUUUGCGUCCAACAGAGAUGAACGUUUUGGAAACGUCUCAACGAAACAUCGUGAUACGAUCAGAUGUGGGACUGUAAAUCAUAUACAUGCUCUUUUCUUAGUUUUCCCUUCUCUCCUUCUGCAGGGUAUUGCUAAACGUCUUGUUGACAAGGGUAACCGGUUACAGUUUGGUUUUUGGAAACCGCCAA